AGUAUAGAUAUAUAUUGUAAUUCAGACUUUGCUGGUGCGUUCAUUCGAAGUUGGAACUUGAGUUCACGCAGAUUUUUUUAACCUGCAAGCAGCACGCGCAAUUCCCAUAACAAUAAUAGAUAAGCCGUUUAAACGAGCUGUCAUUUCGUCAUUGUGUCGAGUUCUCUCCACGCGAAUUUUUAAAAGUUUUAAGUGUAGAAAUAAGUUUGUAAAUAUGUCUACUAUUCUAUUUGACCAAAUACAACAUCUUUACGAUCAAGCUCUCUACUCAAAUGUCAUCUCAGUGGCAAACCUUGUGUUAUCCCUAAGCGAUCACAACAAUGAGCAACUACCCGCGAACUCAAAAUUCCUUGUGUACGUUUAUUGUGCGGACUCGUACUUUUAUUUAGGCAUGUACAGAAGAGCUGAGUCUUAUUACAAGAAGUCUUUGCAAAUUCGAAAAUGUUUACUCAAGUCCAAGGGAGCCACAAAGCCCAACAAUCAAGAAGGACAAAACAAAGAGCUUGCCUCCGAUGUUGAUAUAAAAUAUCAAAUUUAUUCUUGUUUGAUUAAACUGAAAAAUCAGCAAGAAGCUUUGCACAUUUUACAAAGUAUUCAAGUCAAACAGAGAACCCCAAAGAUAAACAUGGCUCUAGCAAAAAUGUUUCAAGAGCAAGGAAUGGAACGUUCUGCUAUUGCCACUUACAAAGAAGUAUUGAGAGAAAGUCCUCUUGCUCUAGAAGCUGCAGAGGGUCUUUUGUCACUGGGUGUGAAAGGAAUCGAAGUUCAUUCGAUGAUGAGCUGCAACUUAAAUUUACUCAAUUAUGAUUGGUUAAAUGCUUGGAUCAAAGCACACGCUCAUAUUAAUAAUAGAGAAUACAAUCUUGCUGUAACAACACUAAGAUCACUCGACAAUAUAAAUUGCUUAAGAGAUAACUUUAAUCUACUCAUAAGAAUGGGUGAAUGCUACUAUUAUUCAGGAGACUAUAAGAAUGCCUUGAUGUUUUUACGACGUGCAAGAGCUUUAGAACCUGAUUCUACAAGAGGUUUGGACAUUUAUGCUGCAGUACUUCACAAUUCUAAGUCUGUUUCUGAAUUAGAAAAAUUGAUACCACUUAUAUCGUCAUUAAAUGAAUCUUCUACUGAAGCUUAUACAGCAAUGGCAUAUGCGCUGUUUGCCCUAAAUAAACUCAAUCGAGCAAAUAGUAUAGCUACACAAGCUAUGAAUAUUUCACCAACUAAUAUAGAAGCUGUUAUUCUGAGAGGAAAUAUUCUAAUAGAGCAAAAGAAAUUUCAGGAUGCAUUGCAGCAUUUUAGACAAGCCUUACAACUAAAACCUCUCAGGUAUGAAGCACACAAAGGUCUUGUAGACUGUUUCGUUGGAAUGCAUAGACUGAGAGAUGCUUCUAACAUUGCUAGCAGUGCUUACAAGCAAUUAGGUCCCACACCACGAGUACUCACUUUAUACGCAUCAGUUCUUAUGAAGGAUGUAGUUACAGUAUCAAAAGCUAAAAAUUUGUUAGAAAAAGCUAUUAGUCAAGAUGAAUCUUUCUUACCAGCAGUCUAUUCACUGGCGAAAAUUUAUGAGCAAGAAUCGAACUUAGAAUUAGCCAUAGAACUUUUGGAAAAACAAGCCGAAGUACAGCCUACUUGUAAAAUACACCAAAUGCUUGGAGAUUUAUGGGGAAGAAUACAUAAUGCAGAAAAAGCUCUUGACCAUUACGCGAUUGCAUUAAAUAUAAAUCCCAGUGAUCGGAGAGUAUUAGAAGGAAUGCACAGACUCGAAAGUACGUCAAACGCAAUGGAUUCAUCUUCGUACUACAUGACUGUGAGCGACGAUAAUCCUGAUCCCCAGUAUGAAAUAGGAGAAGGUCUUCCUGAUACUGAUAAUGACGAAGGAGCCGAUGAAAGUGAAACAGAAGCAGUUUGGUCUGAUAUGGACUUGGAAGCAAAUAGUCAAUAAUUAAACUAGAAAAUUUGUAGAACUUAUAAGUUCCAAAUUGUUUUAUAUAUAGAUUUAUAAUUUUAUUUUGUAAAUACAUAGAGCAAAUUUCUUUGUUAAAAUAAUUUGUUAUAAUUAUUUGUUGUGCAGUUUAAAAUCUUGUUUAACGGUGCAUGCACACAGGAUAAUAAUAUACUGCAGGACAUCUAAAUCAAACCUUUUAGUUUUUACAAGUGUAUAUUUUUCCAUUUAUUGAUAAUAUAUUUUAUGUAUAAAGUUGAAAUUCCACUCGAUCAA